AUGACACCGGCAACGGCGCUUGACACAGUAGCGUUAGUAGGUUUAUUGUUUGUUUCAUUAAAGAAAAGAAAAUUUAAACGAAGACACCGUGAACAGUGUUGCAAAGCAUGGUUACUGCAAAGAAAACAGUACUCUCAUGUCAAGUUAUUGAAACAAUUGAAAUUGGAGCCGAAAAAUUACCGCAAUUAUCUACGAAUGGAUGAAAAAACGUAUCUUAAACUGUUAUCAGCGGUGACUCUCUUAAUUGAGAAGCAGGGUACAAUAAUGAGAAAAGCUAUAUCGCUUCAUGAAAGACUGACAUUGACGUUAAAAUACCUUGCAACAGGGAGAACAUACGAGUGUUUUUCCUCUCUAGCAAUGACAGGACAACUGACGCCUGCGCAGGCGACCGCCACACACGCUCAGAUGGAAUCUUACGCAGAAAAGGGACCGUACCAACUAGUUGGAUUACAUCUUGUUCAAACGAUAAUCGACACAGUUUUCUUAUUUUCAGGCAUUGCUUUGGCAAGUGAGAGCGGCCGCAUCGUGGGUGGACAGCCGGCAUUAAUCGAAACCUACCCAUCGCUUGUCCAAGUAGACUUCUACAACCACAUCGGAGACAUUUGGUCUCAGUCAUGCGCUGCCAAUAUUCUUACUUCUAUAUUCGUUCUCUCUGCAGCUCACUGCUUUGAUGGACCCUUGUAUACAGCACGAUGGCGACGCAUCAGAGCUGGUUCCACCGAUCGCAACUUAGGUGGCGUUCUGGCCUACGUUGUACUAAGAUACAAUCACCCCAACUACGGAAAAUUGGGUCUAGACAGCGAUAUAUCCAUGGUUAGGCUACAAACACCCCUAAUAUACACACCAGUGAUACAGCAGGGUACAAUCAUCGCACAGGGCGCGGUGAUCCCAGAUAACGUCCCAGUGGUGCAUGCUGGUUGGGGCGCAACUUCGCAAGGAGGCAUUGCAUCUAACGUACUUCUCGACACCACUAUCUACACAAUAAAUAACGCAGUCUGCGCCGAACGUUACCGCACCCUUCCUCAACCCGCAAUAGUCACAGAAAACAUGAUUUGCGCUGGCCUUCUGGACGUUGGAGGGCGCGACGCUUGCCAAGGUGACUCCGGUGGUCCCCUUUACUACGGCGACAUCAUCGUUGGUAUCGUCUCCUGGGGUCAUGGCUGCGCUAACGCCACCUUCCCUGGUGUCAGCACCGCAGUCGCUCCGUACUCAGACUGGAUUGUAUGGAUCGCUUCUUAA